AUGGACAUGAAAUCGGUUCAAGACCUGGAAGGAGUUCUUUGUCCUGACUUCUACCACGGAUAUGCCACCGCCGCAGCGCAAAUUGAAGGCGCAUGGAAUAAAGAUGGCAAGGGCGUCUCGAUCUGGGACUCGUUCGCCCACACCCCAGGCAAAAUCUCCGACGGGAGCACCCCAGAUGACGCUGUGCGAGCCUACGACUUCUACCGCGAAGAUGUAGCGCUGAUGAAGACUUAUGGCGUAAACGCCUACAGAUUCUCAUUGGCUUGGUCACGCAUUAUACCCCUUGGAGGCUGCGACGACCCCGUGAACGAACAGGGCAUUCAAUACUACUCCGACCUGAUUGACGAGCUUCUUAAGCAUGGUAUCACACCUUUCGUCACCCUCUUCCACUGGGACACCCCGCAGGCUUUGGAAGAUCGGUACGGAGGAAUGCUGAACCAGGAUGCCUAUAUACCUGACUUUGUGCGGUAUGCAAGAGUCUGCUUCGAGCGCUUCGGCGAUCGAGUCAAGCACUGGAUCACGUACAACGAGCCUGGUGUGUAUACACUUGCCGGAUACGCAGCCGGCGUACAUGCACCCGGUCGAUCUUCCUUCAGAGAACGCAAUGCCGAAGGAGACUCGUCGACGGAGCCAUUUAUCGUGGCGCACACGGAGUUGGUGUCCCACGGCCAUGUGUCCCGCAUGUACCGUGAAGAAUUCCAACCACAUCAGAAGGGCACGAUUGGAAUAACGCUCCACGGUAACUGGUCCGAGGCUUGGGACGAAGAUGAUCCGCGUGACCAAGCGGCCGCAGAACGGGCGCGCGAGUUUGAGAUUUCUUGGUUCGCUGACCCGGUAUACAAGACGGGGGACUACCCCGCGUCAAUGCGAGCGCAGCUUGGCGAUCGAUUGCCACGGUUCACUGCAGAAGAGUCGAAGCUCGUGCUAGGCAGUUCCGAGUUCUAUGGGAUGAAUAGCUAUACGACUUUCUUCAUGAAGCACACGACGACACCGCCGGAUAUCAAUGAUCACAAGGGGAAUGUGGAGGUUCAUGAUGAAAAUAAGAAUGGUGUGCCUCGUGGGGAGGAAACUGACACGGAGUGGCUUCGAGCCGCACCUUGGGGUUUCCGGAAAUUGUUGAAUUGGAUCUAUGAUCGUUACCAGAUGCCAAUCUAUGUGACGGAGAACGGCACUACCGCGAAAGGGGAAGUGGCCCCAACGCCGGACGUUCUUGAUGACAAGUUUCGGACUCGCUUUUUCGAGGGCUAUGUGGGUAACGCGUUGGCUCGAGCUGUCAAAGAAGACGGCGUAGAUAUUCGGUCGUACUUUGCAUGGACUUUUACUGACAACUGGGAAUGGGCUGCCGGCUAUGCGGAUCGAUUUGGGUGCACGUUCAUCGACUUUGAGUCCGACGACAAGACGCGCUAUCCAAAGCAAUCCGCUUACUAUCUGGAUAAGCUAUUCAAGCACUUGAUCGGUGUGGGCCAUGGAAGAUCUCUGCGAGAUCAGAUCCGCAGCCAAAUCAGCAUCUACGACACCAUGUUUCAAUAUACCUCAAAGCUAUCAUGGCCGGAAGUGCGCGAAGUUGCCAAGGAGUUUCAGCCGCAUCUCGAGAGGAUGGUGCCGCACCUGUACGCCGAGAUGAAGGGAAUUGCCGAGGGAGCGGAACUCGACAUCCUCGACAUCGUGGCUCUCAACUGCCGCAGCGAGAUUGCCCUGGGAAAGUUCUCCGACGGCUGCACUACGUUGUGCUGGAAGAAGAACGAUAAUGCGCGAGUUCUUUCCCAGAACUGGGACUGGACCCAAACGGUGAAGAAGAACUUGGCCAUGGUCUCCAUCGAGCAGACGGGGAAGCCUACGAUCUAUAUGGUGACCGAGGCAGGUAUAGUAGGCAAAAUCGGAUUCAAUACCGCCGGAGUUGGAACCUGCUUGAAUGCCAUUCGCGCUAAACCGAUGAUCAGCAGCAAACUCCCGAUUCAUAUCGCUCUCCGACUAUGUCUUGAAAGCGACUCCGCGGAAGCUGCUGUAAAGACCCUCGAAUUGCUCGGCGGGGUGGCAUCUGCCCAGCACAUCCUAAUCGCGGAUAGUACCACGGCUUUGGGACUGGAACUAUCACCAGUAGGCAACAAGUACCUCCCUGAAGAUGCAUCAGGCCUUGUCGGUCAUACCAACCAUUUCAUUGAGAACCGAUACGUGGAUGAGCCACCGUGGUUAUCAGGAUCCCCGAUCCGCCUCAAACGCUUGGGUGAAUUAACACAAGGAUUGAUCUCGAAGGGUAUCAAGGGCGAUGCUAUUACGCCGUCUCUCCUAAGGGGCCGGAUCUUCUCAGAUACCUUCAAUGCUCCGCAGGCUAUUUGUUGCGAAGAGGAUCCGUCGCGGCACAUCUCGAACCGGAGCAGUUCCUUGUUUAACAUCGUGAUGAAUUUGGAAGCGAAGAAUGUAAGCGCCGAGGUGGUGUUUGGUCGGGUGGGAUCCGGGGAGGAGGGGCCCGUCUUGAAAAUGCCGUGGUAG